GUGUUUUGUGACCACUACCAUCAUGUCAACUGAGCGUGAAGAUCUUCCGCCGCCAUACAGCCCUACUACAGCACCGCCCAUUUGGGAACCUCACUUUAUAGAUCUAUCCCAACAUUCAUCUCUUGUUAUUCGCAAGCCCUUGGAUCCUCCACCCGCCUGCUUCUCCACUCCGUCGCCUCCAAGAGUGAAAUCUAAUGAUUUCCCUCCAUUCAGAAUCCCCUGCGCUGGAAACAACCUCGCAGAUGGUUUCCGCAUUCUUUAUCCCUCGGGUCUACUUGAUAAACAUGGCAUUCAACAGGCAGACUGGACCCGCUUCCUGGAGGAUCUUGGAAUCUCUGCUCGUCUUGCGGGUCAGGGACUCAGCGCAGUGGGUUCUCGCGUUCCCAUAACACCAUUCCCCGUCCGUGGUAUAUUCGGCACAAGAGCAACUGGGACCGUAUAUGACUCUCAGUUCACGAGAAGCCCUAGGGACGAGGUGCAGACACUCAUUACCGUUUGGAAUCAGUCUGCGUUUGAACGACGCAAAUUGCAUGUCACCCUGCAAAUCAAAGGAGGAGUGGAUAACAGGGCCCCGUACGAGCUUCUUGUCGAGUCUCUCUGAAAUGCUUAUGAUAAUCUCUGCACAUACCACCAGAAAUUCUUUAUAUUCGAGAUUCACAUCAGGUGUAGCACACGUUUGUAAAUCCAUGUCCGUUCGUGUCGACAGCUAAACAUCCUCGCAUGAUUUUAUUUGAUUCACGCUACUUUACGAAUAAAUUGUCUUUAGAACUCUGGCGAUAUGCAGCAGCGCU